AUGGCCUCUGGAAGUCCACCGUCGUUUGAUAAAAAUUAUAGUUCAGAAUGGGAAAAAAUAUGUUUAGAAUUUUUUAGUAAAGAUGAUAAAGAAGCAGAAGCAGUAGUUGGACUUGUAGAAUUUGCAUCACGUUCUAAUGGAGAAGUUACAGUAAAUAUCGAAUCUAUUGAUAAAAAUUUGAGAAAAGAAAAAAUAGAAGAAUUAUUAGUAAAAAUUGGAAUAGUUAAUGGAGUAAUGGUUAAUCCUCAAGAAUUUGAUAAAUAUCUUGAAUCUAAAAGAAAAGUUCGAUCAGAAUUUCACCGAGAAAAAGCCAAGGAACUUUUUAAAGAAUUAGAUAAACUUUUACAUUCAAAACCAGCUAAAUAUACACCACUUCAUCGACUUUCAGAACUUAAAACAUAUCUUGCACAAUAUAAAACAUCAAUUGGAGCUCGGCCGUUUUUAAAAGGGUUAUUACAUGUUUUUAAAUUUCAAUUACACCAAUCUACACUCGCUUCAUGGACAUUUUUGGAUAAUACUUUAACUCAAAACGGAAUUGAUUUUAUGAGAGCUACAGUUAAUUUAUUAAUUAAUGUAUUAGGCUUUACGCAUACAAUUCAAGAAGUUGAUGAAAGUGGGGAACAAGGUAGUCUUCGUACGUGGUAUAUUAGUAGUACAUUAAGUGAUUCCGAAAUUUUAACACUUAUCAAAGCAUUUCCAAAAGAAAAAUUUUUUAAUAAUGUUAAAGCGACAGGUUUAAUAGAACUAUCAUCUCAACAACGUUCACCAAAUUUAAUUAAAACUUCAAAAGGAAAUAUUGUUGGAAAAUUUUUUUUAUUCUGGUGGAAUCUGUUAAUGUGGUUAUUUAAUUUUUGUUUUAAAUCUAGAAAAGUUGAGGACGAAUCAUUAUCUCGUACUUAA